GCUCCGUUCCAUCUCCGCAAUCAUCAAGCAAUACCCAGCACCACAGCACCCCCAAACCACCCAACAAUCACCAGCCCAAAGACAAGAAUGCAAUGGAUGCUCUCCUCCGCCGAACCCUCAAACACGCGACCCCCACCCACCUCCUCCGAAUCGGGUUCAAAUCCGCCGGUCUCUUCUGCGCCUGCACGCUCAUCUGGGAACACCUCAUCACAAUCCAACUCUCCGAGGGGCCCUCAAUGUACCCGACCUUCAGUCCACGGGGCGACUACCUCAUGAUCUCGCGAGUACAUAAACAUGGACGGGGCAUUAAGGUCGGCGAUGUGGUGCGCUUCUAUCAUCCGACGUUUUUGGGCGUCAAUGGGGCGAAGAGGGUCGUGGGGUUGCCGGGGGAUUUUGUUUGUCGGGAUUUGGCGUUUAGUAGGGAUGUGGGGAGGGAGGGGGAGAUGAUUCAGGUUCCCGAAGGGCAUGUCUAUCUAGCCGGGGAUAAUUUGCCGUGGUCGAGGGAUUCCAGAAAUUAUGGUCCUAUUCCUAUGGGGUUGAUUAAUGGGAAAAUCAUCGCUCGGGUCUGGCCGCCGUCGAAAAUGGAGUGGGUGGAAAAUACAAUGCAACCGGCCAACCUCUCGGAAUAAAAUGGUAUAGGUAUAGGUGUAUAUAUAGGAGUCUGGAGUUGGAGGAUUGAUAUUCAUACAUCUUGUACAAUACAGUCUAAGCUCAAAAUUAACGGAAAAAAAGCAAUCACCGGAACGUCGACGGGUUCCUC